CACUUUACAACCAUUUAACUGACGUCACAAGGUAGACAACGAGACGCUCACGCCACCAGCUCCACAUCAGUUCACAGCUGGCCUCCACGCAGUCCAGACCUCUCCUGCUCCAGUUAGUUUUUCACCUUUCACCGACUUUUUCCACGUAGCCUGACCGAUGUCGGACCAGAACGAGGCUCACGGAACGCCAAGGCGUUCGUCAUCGUCGUCCUCUGAGAAGAAGAGACGUGAGAAAGACUCUGUGCCUUUACCGGCCAGUAAAAGGAGGGCCACCCAGGACACGGGAGUGAAGGACGGCCCGAGUCAACCACGGCCCGAGUGUGGUUCACCACCAGCUGUGGCCGGCCCAAGUCGCGCCAACACAACAACCGAGUGCUCGUCUGGCGGUGAAACUAUCAACCGGCUAUCUGCAUUGUUGAGUGAUUUAAUUGAAAAACUCGACAAUAACCCAGUACGGGAAGAUGAGCCUUACGAUAACUGUGAAAAUAUUCGUGGCCUUCAUGACAUUUCCUCGUCUGAGGAAGACGCCACAGUAAAUUCAGUGGGUUUGCUUGACCCUUUGGAUGAACUGGACACGUUCCACUCCAUGCCUGCGUCCCAAGACUGUGAUGAGGUUGAUUUUCUUAAGGCAUUAGGGGAAUUCUCAGGUCUUUUCCAUAGUGAGGAACAGAAAGGAGAGCCCCUCUCUGAGCGUUUGGCCUCCAUCCUGAACUUGAGUUUGAGACGUCGACCCUCCGCUGAAGGUAUAAAAUCUACUUGUGAAAAAAUCAAGCUCCCAAGCAAUGUGCCAAACCUAAAAGUUCCGGUGACCAACGCUGCUGUUUCCAAAGCGAUGAGUUUUGGUGGAAAAUUGAUUGACGCCAAGCUUACUCAAACUAAUGGCCUGAUCUCAAAAGCUUCAGUUCCUAUUGCAUAUUGUGCAUAAGCGAUAUCGGGGAAA